CUGCCUUUUGAUCCCUGCCUUCGUACAAAUAGCGUGUGUUGCAUGACACCAGACUACAAAAUACCGAUAGUAGCUUAGACGAUACUGUUGCUGUAGCUCAGCUAACUCAAAUUGAAGCAUCAUCGUUAACGUCAUUCGAUAUUCUGCGUGAGAUACGGACAGGUACGUUUCUUCAUACUUAGCAGAAGCUUUAUUUAAAGAACAACCAUUACCUUACAACAUGGACUACUUUCAACUUCUCUUCGGCAUCGCUGCAAUACUUCUCGCGAUCUAUUAUUACUAUACCUCGGUUUAUGACACCUGGAAGAAUCGUGGCGUGCCUGGGCCAAAACCGUCAAUGUUUGUUGGCAAUUUUUUGGAUAUUCUCCUUAAAAGACAGGCCCUGGCCACAAUUGUGAGAAAUUUCUACAACGAGUACAAAAGUGAACCGGUCUUUGGCAUAUACGAAGGAACAUCACCGGUUCUUGUUAUUAACGACCUAGACUUGAUCAAGGAUGUUCUCAUCAGGGACUUCUCUUUAUUCGUCGACAGAGGGUUCAAAGUACUUGAAAAGAUAGAGCCAUUGUCGCAGCAUCUCUUCCUUUUGGAAGCGAGAAGGUGGCGGCCACUGAGAACGAAGUUAUCACCAAUAUUCACCUCCGGCAAGCUGAAAGAGAUGUUCCCACUUAUAGCAGAGUGCGCGGGAAAUUUAGAAAAAUAUUUAGAUAAGGUAGUAGAAAAGGGCGUGCCAGUAGUAGAGUGUCGUGAUUUGGCUGCAAAAUUCACGACCGACGUGAUCGGGAGCUGUGCAUUCGGGAUCAGCACGAAUGCUCUUGAAGAUGAGAACAGCGAAUUCCGAAGAAUGGGCAAACAAAUUUUCGCUCCCAAUUUAAAACAGACUAUUCGAGAAUUAUGCAGACGAUUUGUACCAUCUCUGUUUAAAGUAGUCGGUUACUUUUUACGAACGACGGAGAUGAACAACUUUUUCAUAAAUCUGGUUCGUGACACAAUGGAAUAUAAAAAGACGAAUAAUAUAACAAGACCAGAUUUUAUUUACCUGCUGAUGCAACUGAAAGAACAUCCAGAAAAGAUGGAAGAUGUUGAACUAACCGACUCCUUAAUUGCCGCGCAAGCGUUUGUCUUUUUCAUUGCUGGAUUUGAAACGUCUUCGACGACGAUAGCGCAUGCUCUCUAUGAGUUAGCACAAAAUCAGGAAAUACAAGAUAAAUUACGGCAAGAAAUUAGAGAUGCGUACAACAAAGAUGGUGGUACUCUGACGUACGAAGGUAUCAAAGGAAUGAAAUAUUUGGACAAAGUGUUUAAAGAGACACUAAGAAAAUAUCCAAUACUGACGAUAUUAAGCAGGCAAGCGAUGGAGAAUUAUACGUUCAAAGGCACAAAAAUCACCAUACCAAAAGAAACAAUAGUAUGGAUACCAAUAUAUGGUAUCCAACACGAUUCAAAUAUUUAUUCAGAUCCUGAGAAAUUUGAUCCGGAAAGAUUCAACGAGGAUGCUGUUGCUGCCAGACAUCCUAUGAGCUAUCUAUCCUUUGGCGAUGGGCCGCGAAACUGCAUUGGUGCCCGAUUCGCUCAUUAUCAAAGCAAGGUCGGUCUUGCAACGAUUCUGCUCAAUCACAAAGUCGAUGUUUGCGAGAAAACCAAGAUUCCAUACGAACCAGACAAAGAGGCCUUUUUGUUAUCGCUCACCGGCGGGGUAAAUUUAAAGAUAACUAGACUACUUAUAGAAAUCUCGUUCGACAUGGACUAUUUUCAACUAUUGUGUGGCAUUUCCGUACUACUUCUUGCGAUCUAUUACCAUUACUCUUCAUGCUACAACUUUUGGAAAAGUCGCAAUAUACCUGGACCAAAACCGAUAAUCUUCAUUGGCAACUUUCUGGACGUCCUUCUUAAAAGAGAAUCGCUAACCGAUUGGACGAAGAAGUUGUACGACCAAUAUAAGAAUGAACCAGCUUUUGGAAUAUACAUAGGAACAUCACCAUUGCUGAUACCUAACAACCUAGAUAUGAUUAAAGAUGUUCUCAUCAGGGACUUCUCUUUAUUCGCUGAACGAGGAUUUAAAGUAUUUGAUGAAAAAAUAGAACCAAUACAACAAAAUCUCAUCAUGUUAGAAGCUGAAAGAUGGCGGCCGUUGAGAGCUAAACUCUCGCCGGUAUUCACAUCCGGCAAGCUCAAAGAAAUGUUCCCACUUAUAAUAGAAUGCGCGGAAAAAUUGGAGAAACACUUGGAAAAAUUAGCACAGAAGGACGAACCAGUGGAGUGCCGUGAGUUGAUUGCAAAAUUCGGGAUCGAUUCGAUCGGUAGCUGUGUUUUUGGACUAAACAUGAAUGCUCUGGAGAAUGAGAACUCUGAAUUUUUUCGAAUGAGCAAACAAAUUUUUGCAGUUAACGUAAAACAGACAAUUCGCGAUUUUUGUAGAGAAUUUACACCAUCCUUGUAUAAAAUAAUUGGUUCUUACCUCCAACCAAAAGAAAUCAACGAUUUUUUCCUAAAUUUAUUUAUCGAUACGAUGAAGUACAGGAUGGAUAAUAACAUAAUCAGACCAGAUUUUGUGCACUUGCUGAUGGAACUGAAGAAACACCCGGAUAGAGUUAACAAUAUUGAACUCACAGACGCGUUGCUUGCUUCGCAAACUUUCGCUUUUUUCAUCGGUGGAUUCGAAACAUCUUCCGCAACGAUGGCACAUGUUCUUUACGAGUUAGCACAAAAUCUCGAAAUACAAGAUAAACUAAGAGAAGAAAUUAGAGACGUCUACGAUAAAAAUAAUGGAGUUUUGACAUACGCAGAUAUCAAAGGAAUGAAAUACUUGGACAAAGUGCUUAAAGAAACACUAAGAAAGUAUCCGCCAUUGCCUAUUCUAAAUAGGCAAGCGAUGGAAAAUUAUACGUUUAAAGACACGAAAAUUUCCAUACCAAAAGGAACAAAUAUAUGUAUAGCGAUAUAUGCCAUUCAAAAUGAUUCAAAUGUAUAUCCGGAUCCUGAGAAAUUCGAUCCUGAAAGAUUUAACGAAGAUGCUGUCGCUGCCAGGCAUCCUAUGAGUUAUCUGUCUUUUGGCGAUGGACCAAGGAACUGUAUUGGUGCCCGUUUCGCGCAAUAUCAAAGCAAAAUUGGACUUAUAACGAUUCUCCGUAACCACAGAGUCGAUGUCUGCGAGAAAACCAAGAUUCCUUUUGAAAGUGACAAUCGUGCCUUUUUAACGAUGCUAAAAGGAGGAGUGUAUUUGAAAAUAUCUAAGGCAUAAAACAAAUAAUUAUUCUUAUACUUAUAUUACUAUCAUUCUAUAUUAUUUUAUUAUAUAUAAUUAAUAUAUAUUAUAUUAUUAUAUUAUACUAAAAAGAAUUUUAAAUAAAAUAAAUAU